AUGGAUAUUAUAGAAUAUCAGCAAAACAUCACGGUUCAAUACUGCUUUCCUGACAUCAACUCUUCUUGCAAAAAGGAGGUCAGAUCAGGCCCUGGGAAUGCAUUGCUAUUCAUUUUCCUUUCAUGUAUAUCUGUGUGUACUGUAUUGUUGAACUUGUUGGUGAUUAUCUCCAUCUCUCACUUCAAGCAGCUCCACACUCCAACCAACCUGCUCAUCCUCUCUCUGGCUGCAGCAGAUCUUCUCGUGGGAACGUUUGUUAUACCUGUGAAUAUAGUGCAGCUGAGAGAUUCCUGUUGGUAUCUUGGAAAAAUGGCAUGCUAUGCAAUUCCAGUAAUCUCUUACUUUUCAAUGGCAGCAUCCCUCUACAGCAUGGUUUUGAUUGCAGUUGAUCGGUACAUUGCUGUAAGUGACCCUCUGCAUUAUUCUGCUAGAGUCUCAUUUUAUAAAACUGUUUUACUGAUAAUCCCAGCUUGGUCAUUCUGUUUCUUUUACACUGUCACUUUCCUGUAUUUUAAUGACCACUUUCUUCCAUCACAGAUAUCCAACAGAUGUUAUGGAGAGUGUAUAUUGGUCAUAAAAAAAUCUAUGAUAAUUGUUGACCUCAUUCUUUUUUUUCUAGCUCCUUGCUCUGCUAUACUGGUCUUGUAUUCCGUCAUAUUUUUUGUGGCAAGGCGCCAAGCCAGAGCUGUCACAAUUGUAAGAAAAGGCAACGUUUCAAGGAAACGUGGGGCUAAAGUUGCAAACUCUUCUGAGAACAAAGCAGCAAAAACAUUAGGGGUUGUGAUUUUUGUGUACCUUGCUUGCUAUAUACCGUUUUAUAUAAGUUCUCUCUCAGUGGAAAAUGUUACAACUUCAUCAAUAGUUUGGACUGUGUUUGGCUGGCUGGUAUAUAUGAACUCAUCAUUGAAUCCAGUGAUAUAUGCUAUAUUUUAUCCUUGGUUCAGAACUUCAGUAAAGUUUGUUUUAACUUGUAGAAUAUUUGAAUUCUCAUCUUCAAUGCUUAAUUUGUUUUCAGGGCAUGUUUAAUUGUCAAAUGUGUUCAUUUAGCUAAGCUUAAAUCCCUUUACAU